ACGCCGUCCCGCGCGUUGCGUCGCGCGCGGCAUUCCGACACGGUGAUCGCGAGACUCGCCGUUUUACGAAAGUAAAAAAGGAUUCAAUUUGAAGGUUAGAGGUUAGGCGAGAGAGUGUCAAUGUACGUCGUGCAAACCGUAUGAUUCAUCGUCCUCGUACUUGGUCAACUCGGUAUCGUCAUCAUCGUUGUUGCAGCAAUACGUUCGUCCGUGUGUGAAGCGAUAAAAUUAGAAUCGUGGUCACGUGUGCGGACAUUGACGUCGGAGCGGCAGCGAGGGAUGCAAUUUCCCGUGUUCGCGAGUGAUAGCCGCGGCAGCACGGCUGCCGCGACCACGUAGUCUCGCGUGCACGCACGCAAGACAGAACAGUAUAUCGUCAGUGCAUCGUCAUCAUCGUCUUCGUCGUCGUCGCUCCGUUGCGUGCGAACCGACCACCGAGAAUGCCGGUGUGAAGUGAAGAAUCAAACGCUCUGCGAAAAACGCUCUGCGAUCCUUACAUGUCGUAAAUUUUACUUAUCACCCCGAGGAUACACGCAGAAACAAGGCAAAAUGGCACAAAUGGAGCAGCAAUUACCGCUUCCAAUGCCAGAUUUAAGUACCCUUCGUAUAACUACAGCCGUCUCCAUGCUCGGCAAAGCAUAUGGAUGUGGCCAAUGUAAUGCCCCCCCACCUGGACCCUCAACUAGUGGCGGUUCUGUUGGGACAGCAGGAGUAGCGGCGAGUAGUGUCGCAGCUCCUAGCAAUAUGGGGCUUGUUCCCGCACAGCAGGCACACACUCCUCCUCAACCUACAGAACUGCCAAUGUUUACGUGCCCUCGAAGACCAAACAUAGGACGAGAAGGUAGACCGAUUGGUUUGAGAGCUAAUCAUUUUCAAAUUAGUAUGCCACGUGGCUAUGUACAUCACUAUGACAUUAGCAUACAACCUGAUAAAUGUCCUCGGAAAGUUAAUAGGGAAAUUGUAGAAACGAUGGUUCAUGCAUAUACUAAAAUAUUUCAAUCUCGUAAGCCUGUGUUUGAUGGCAGAAAUAACUUGUACACAAGGGACCCCUUGCCUAUCGGGCAUGAUAAAGUAGAAUUAGAGGUCACACUGCCUGGUGAGGGAAAAGAUAGAGUUUUCCGAGUGGUUAUAAAGUGGUUGGCGCAGGUUUCGUUAUUUGCUUUAGAAGAGGCUUUAGAAGGACGAACUAGACAAAUUCCAUAUGAUGCUGUUCUUGCUUUAGAUGUUGUAAUGAGGCAUUUACCAUCUAUGACAUACACUCCAGUAGGUAGAUCGUUCUUUAGUACGCCAGAAGGAUAUUACCAUCCAUUGGGUGGAGGCAGGGAAGUAUGGUUUGGAUUCCAUCAAUCAGUAAGACCGUCGCAAUGGAAAAUGAUGUUAAAUAUCGACGUCUCUGCCACUGCCUUUUACAAAGCGCAGCCAGUUAUAGAAUUUAUGUGCGAAGUGUUGGAUAUUCGAGAUAUCAAUGAACAGAGAAAGCCGCUCACGGAUUCUCAGAGAGUGAAAUUUACCAAAGAAAUCAAAGGUCUCAAGAUUGAAAUAACUCACUGCGGAGCUAUGAAGCGAAAAUAUCGAGUGUGCAAUGUUACACGUAAACCAGCUCAAAUGCAAUCAUUUCCAUUGCAACUGGAAAAUGGACAAACAGUUGAGUGUACAGUUGCCAAAUACUUCUUAGAUAAGUACAAAAUGAAAUUGCGCCACCCACAUCUUCCUUGUUUGCAAGUCGGCCAAGAACAUAAACACACAUAUUUGCCGCUUGAGGUUUGCAAUAUUGUCGCCGGACAACGCUGCAUUAAAAAGUUAACUGAUAUGCAGACCUCGACUAUGAUCAAAGCGACAGCGCGUUCCGCACCAGAUCGUGAACGGGAAAUUAAUAAUCUAGUUAGAAGGGCUGACUUUAACAAUGAUUCUUAUGUACAAGAAUUUGGAUUGACUAUAUCGAACAGUAUGAUGGAAGUCAGGGGUCGUGUACUACCUCCGCCCAAACUGCAGUAUGGAGGGCGCGUAAGUUCCCUCAGUGGACAGACAAAGCAGCAGGCGAUGCCUAAUCAAGGUGUAUGGGAUAUGCGUGGCAAACAGUUCUUCACUGGAGUGGAGAUAAGAGUGUGGGCAAUCGCUUGUUUUGCGCCUCAAAGAACAGUACGCGAAGAUGCGUUACGUUCAUUCACAACACAAUUACAAAAAAUUAGUAAUGAUGCUGGUAUGCCCAUCAUUGGACAACCAUGUUUUUGUAAAUAUGCUACUGGACCAGAUCAAGUCGAACCUAUGUUUCGAUAUUUGAAAUCGACUUUCUCGCAGCUGCAGCUAGUUUGUGUUGUAUUACCAGGCAAAACUCCUGUAUAUGCUGAAGUGAAAAGGGUAGGAGAUACAUUAUUAGGCAUGGCAACUCAGUGUGUACAAGCAAAAAACGUCAAUAAGACAUCGCCGCAGACAUUAUCCAAUCUCUGUCUUAAAAUAAAUGUCAAAUUAGGAGGCAUCAAUAGCAUUCUAGUACCUAGCAUAAGACCAAAAGUGUUUAACGAGCCGGUUAUAUUUCUUGGAGCUGAUGUGACUCACCCGCCGGCGGGAGAUAACAAAAAACCCAGUAUAGCUGCUGUAGUAGGCAGCAUGGAUGCUCAUCCAUCUCGGUAUGCAGCAACUGUUAGGGGUCAGCAGCACAGACAAGAGAUUAUCCAGGAAUUGAGUUCGAUGGUUAGGGAAUUGCUUAUAAUGUUUUACAAGAGCACCGGCGGAUACAAACCACAUAGAAUAAUUCUGUAUCGCGACGGCGUCUCUGAAGGCCAAUUCCUCACCGUUUUGCAACACGAAUUGACUGCCAUUCGUGAAGCAUGUCUCAAACUCGAGAUCGAUUACAGACCAGGCAUAACGUUUAUCGUAGUGCAGAAGAGACAUCACACGCGUCUGUUUUGCGCGGAUAAAAAAGAACAAAGUGGUAAAAGUGGAAAUAUUCCGGCGGGUACGACUGUCGACGUAUGCAUAACUCAUCCGACGGAAUUCGACUUUUACCUCUGCAGUCAUCAGGGUAUUCAGGGUACAUCGAGACCGUCACAUUAUCACGUUUUAUGGGAUGAUAAUCACUUUGAAAGUGAUGAGUUACAGUGUCUCACGUACCAAUUAUGUCACACUUACGUCAGAUGUACGAGAUCCGUUAGUAUACCAGCGCCUGCAUAUUACGCUCAUCUCGUAGCAUUCCGGGCUAGAUAUCAUCUGGUCGAGAAAGAGCACGAUAGCGGAGAAGGAUCUCAUCAGUCGGGUUGUAGUGAGGAUAGGACACCGGGUGCAAUGGCGCGAGCAAUCACAGUUCACGCCGACACGAAGCGAGUUAUGUACUUCGCAUAAUUCUUUUCUUAUGUCGAGUUGAACUGUCACCCAGGUCGGUGUUGUUAUCUAUGUAAAGAAACUACAUAUAAUUGCGACUCCGUGAUACAAGUGUGAGAAGUUUCAUCAGGCAGUCGGGAUCGCAGCAUGUUGCGUCACAAAUUCUUUAACAAUUAGGACAAUUCAACUGAUAAAUUUUCUUACAUACCUUCUUCCUAUUUCUUUUCCUUUUUUUCAUUUUUUCUUUUCUCUUCUUCAUCUUCUCUACUUUUUUUCAUUAUCGUAAGUUUAUACGAUAGCUUUUUUGUAUGCGUGGCACUGUAUGUUUUAUUUACGGAAGAGAGAAUUUUCGAUUGAUUUUAUGAACUUAUAGAAUAAGUUUUUAUGAGAGGUGCUUUUAAUAUGCAGUUUGUAAAUCAGAUUAAGAAUAUUUUGUACGUUGGGUGAAAAAUCGUCUGCAGUCGGAUAAUUGAAAAUAGGAAUGCACCGGAUUGUAAAAUUACCGAAUACUGGAUAUCGGAUGUCCGAUGUCAUAUUCUUUUCGAAUAUUUGGUUUUCCGAUAUUUGGUCAGAUAUAUUCGGAAUAACGCAAUUAUUCGACCAGAUACCGGAUAUUUUCUCAGACAUCCGGUCAGAUAACUGGAACAAGGCUUCCAAAAAAAAGCAAGGGAAAAAAAUAGUGUUGAAAAACAAUUUUUUCUUCAUUUUCCUAACGUGAAAAGAAAAAGAGGAAAGAUGAAUUGUGCAAGAAGGUCAGGUAAAAAGAAUCAAAUUUUGCAUUAAUGCAAACUUUCAAUAUAAAAUU